AUGCUCCGCGCGCCCCACGGCACUCUGCAGGCCCUGACCUUGGGCCCGGCUCCUGAGCACCCUGCCGUCCUGAGGCGCGCUGGCCCUGGGGCAGCCCUCGGCGCCGCCGGCCGGGCGCAGGCCGGCCCCCGCGUCGCCGGCGGCCGCAGGCGGCCGUGGGCGGCGGGCGCCGCGGCCGUGCUGGAGGCCGUGGACGCCUGGUUCACUUGGUUUGGCACACAACCCUACCAGUCGGCGUUCAUCGUUGCCUCCAUCAAGGCGACCGCCUCGGACUUGCUGGCGCAAAAGGGCGAGAGGAUGGCGCGGGACGGCAAGGCCGCGGGAGAGGCCUCUGCGGGCGAAGCGCCGGCGGCGGCCAGCGCUGGCCCAGCCAGAGGCGCGUGCAGUUUUGGGGGGGCCGUCAGCUGGAGGCGAACUCUGGCCUUCCUCUUGUACGGUGGUCUCUACCAGGGGUGCGCGCAGCACUUCUCGGGCCGGGCGAAAGGGGGGGAUUGGGAAAGGGAGGGUUACGAAAUCUGCUGCAUGCAGCUGGUUUCGGCCUCACCGAGGGGCCCAUUCCUCGAUACAUAG